GCAACUUGCGGCAGCACCGAGGAGAUGGAGAACCUGAGGGCACGGAGCCCUCAAAUGCCUCGCGCGAGGUCCCUGAGGGCUCGAACCCAAGUCAGUCAGAAUCCGGAGCCCAAGUGUCCCCCACCAUACUGGAAGUUGCUCAGCUCUGAAGAAAGCCAUGGCGUUUGCAGAGUGAGACAGGCACCAGGCUCAGAGAAUCCGGAGAUAACCCCUGCCUCCUGAGAGCUGACAAUACACUUGAGGAUGCUGAAGUUUCAAACUAUCCGUGGGGGCCUGAGGCUCCUAGGUAUCCGCCGAACCUCCACUGCCCCCGCUGCCUCGCCCAGUGUCCGGCGCCUGGAGUACAAGCCCAUCAAGAAGGUCAUGGUGGCCAACAGAGGCGAGAUCGCCAUCCGCGUGUUCCGGGCCUGCACGGAGCUGGGCAUCCGCACCGUGGCUGUCUACUCAGAGCAGGACACUGGCCAGAUGCACCGACAGAAAGCUGACGAAGCCUACCUCAUCGGCCGCGGCCUCGCCCCGGUGCAGGCCUAUCUGCACAUCCCAGACAUCAUCAAGGUGGCCAAGGAAAACAACGUGGAUGCCGUGCACCCUGGCUAUGGGUUUCUGUCAGAGCGAGCAGACUUUGCCCAGGCCUGCCAGGAUGCCGGGGUUCGGUUCAUUGGGCCGAGCCCUGAGGUGGUCCGCAAGAUGGGAGAUAAGGUGGAAGCCCGGGCCAUUGCCAUCGCUGCAGGUGUCCCCGUGGUCCCCGGCACAGAUGCCCCCAUCACUUCCCUGCACGAGGCUCACCAUUUCUCCAACACCUACGGCUUCCCCAUUAUCUUCAAGGCCGCCUAUGGGGGCGGGGGGCGCGGCAUGAGGGUUGUGCAGAGCUACGAGGAGCUGGAGGAGAACUACACCCGGGCCUACUCGGAGGCUCUGGCCGCCUUCGGGAACGGGGCGCUCUUCGUGGAGAAGUUCAUUGAGAAGCCGCGCCACAUCGAGGUGCAGAUCCUGGGGGACCAGUACGGGAACAUCCUGCACCUGUACGAGCGAGACUGCUCCAUCCAGCGGCGGCACCAGAAGGUGGUCGAGAUCGCCCCUGCUGCCCACCUGGACCCCCAGCUUCGGAGCCGGCUCACCAGUGACUCUGUCAAACUUGCAAAGCAGGUGGGCUACGAGAAUGCGGGCACGGUGGAAUUCCUGGUGGACAAGUACGGCAAGCACUACUUCAUUGAGGUCAACUCGCGCCUGCAGGUGGAGCACACCGUCACCGAGGAGAUCACCGAUGUGGACCUGGUCCACGCCCAGAUCCACGUGGCCGAGGGCCGGAGCCUGCCUGACUUGGGCCUGCGGCAAGAGAACAUCCGCAUCAACGGCUGUGCCAUCCAGUGCCGGGUCACCACUGAGGACCCCUCGCGCAGCUUCCAGCCGGACACCGGCCGCAUUGAGGUGUUCCGGAGCGGGGAGGGAAUGGGCAUCCGCCUGGACAACGCCUCUGCCUUCCAAGGCGCUGUCAUCUCCCCCCACUACGACUCCCUGCUGGUCAAAGUCAUCGCCCACGGCAAGGACCACCCCACGGCCGCCACGAAGAUGAGCAGAGCCCUUGCCGAGUUCAGAGUCCGAGGCGUGAAGACCAACAUCCCCUUCCUGCAGAACGUGCUCAACAACCAGCAGUUCCUGGCAGGCACCGUGGACACCCAGUUCAUCGAUGAGAACCCGGAGCUAUUCCAGCUGCGGCCUGCACAGAACCGGGCCCAGAAGCUGCUGCACUACCUUGGACACGUCAUGGUGAACGGCCCAACCACCCCGAUCCCCGUCAAGGCCAGCCCCAGCCCCACGGACCCUAUUGUCCCUGUGGUGCCCAUAGGCCUGCCCCCAGCUGGUUUCAGAGACAUCCUGCUGCGGGAGGGUCCCGAGGGCUUUGCUCGAGCGGUGAGGAACCACCAGGGGCUGCUGCUGAUGGACACGACCUUCAGGGACGCCCACCAGUCACUGCUGGCCACGCGUGUGCGAACCCACGAUCUCAAAAAGAUCUCCCCCUAUGUUGCCCACAACUUCAGCAAACUCUUCAGCAUAGAGAACUGGGGAGGAGCCACAUUUGAUGUUGCGAUGCGCUUCCUGUACGAGUGCCCUUGGCGGCGGCUGCAGGAGCUCCGGGAGCUCGUCCCUAAUAUCCCGUUCCAGAUGCUGCUGCGGGGGGCCAAUGCUGUGGGCUACACCAACUACCCCGACAAUGUGGUUUUCAAGUUCUGUGAGGUAGCCAAGGAGAAUGGCAUGGAUGUCUUCCGGGUCUUUGACUCCCUCAACUACCUGCCCAACCUGCUGCUGGGCAUGGAGGCGGCGGGCAGUGCUGGUGGUGUGGUGGAGGCCGCGAUCUCCUACACGGGUGACGUGGCCGACCCCAGCCGUACCAAAUAUUCACUGCAGUACUACAUGGGCCUGGCUGAAGAGCUGGUGCGAGCUGGCACCCACAUCCUGUGCAUCAAGGACAUGGCAGGGCUGCUGAAGCCAACGGCCUGCACCAUGCUGGUCACCUCCCUCCGAGACCGCUUCCCUGACCUCCCAUUGCACAUCCACACCCACGACACGUCAGGGGCAGGCGUGGCAGCCAUGCUGGCCUGUGCCCACGCAGGCGCUGAUGUGGUAGACGUGGCAGCUGACUCCAUGUCUGGAAUGACUUCACAGCCCAGCAUGGGGGCCCUGGUGGCCUGUACCCGAGGGACUCCCCUGGACACAGCCCUCUCCGCCUCUGGCCUCCCUGCAGGGGUGCCCCUGGACCGUGUGUUUGACUACAGUGAGUACUGGGAGGGGGCCCGGGGACUGUAUGCGGCCUUUGACUGCACGGCCACCAUGAAGUCUGGCAACUCUGAUGUGUAUGAGAAUGAGAUCCCAGGGGGCCAGUACACCAACCUGCACUUCCAAGCAUAUAGCAUGGGGCUCGGCUCCAAGUUCAAGGAGGUCAAGAAGGCCUAUGUGGAGGCCAACCAGAUGCUGGGCGACCUCAUCAAGGUAACCCCCUCCUCCAAGAUCGUGGGGGACCUGGCCCAGUUUAUGGUGCAGAAUGGGCUGAGCCGGGCAGAGGCCGAAGCUCAGGCAGAAGAGCUGUCCUUCCCCCGCUCAGUGGUGGAGUUCCUGCAGGGGUACAUUGGCGUCCCCCACGGGGGGUUCCCUGAGCCCCUUCGCUCCAAGGUGCUAAAGGACCUGCCAAGGGUGGAGGGACGGCCCGGAGCCUCCCUCCCUCCCCUGGAUCUGCAGGCACUGGAGAAGGGGCUGAUAGAACGGCAUGGGGAGGAGGUGACCCCGGAGGAUGUACUCUCAGCGGCCAUGUACCCCGACGUCUUUGCCCACUUCAAGGACUUCACUGCCACCUUUGGUCCCCUGGACAGCCUCAACACCCGCCUCUUCCUGCAGGGACCCAAAAUUGCAGAGGAGUUCGAGGUGGAGCUGGAGCGAGGCAAGACGCUGCACAUCAAAGCCCUGGCCAUAAGUGACCUGAACCGGGCCGGCCAGAGGCAGGUCUUCUUCGAGCUCAAUGGACAGCUGCGAUCCAUUCUGGUCAAGGAUACUCAGGCCAUGAAGGAGAUGCACUUCCACCCCAAGGCCCUGAAGGAUGUGAAGGGCCAGAUUGGGGCACCCAUGCCUGGGAAGGUGAUAGACAUCAAGGUGGCAGCAGGGGACAAGGUGACCAAGGGCCAGCCUCUGUGUGUGCUCAGUGCCAUGAAGAUGGAGACUGUAGUGACUUCGCCCGUGGAGGGCACUGUCCGCAAGGUCCACGUGACUACAGACAUGACACUGGAGGGUGACGACCUCAUCCUGGAGAUUGAGUGAUCUUGCCCCGGACUGGCAGCCUGGCCAUCCCCACCCCAAGCCUUCAAGGUGCUGCGCUGCCAGGGCAGGCCCAGGCCAGCCAGUGCCCGAGGGCAGGAAGGCCGGGCCCUGGAGCUCCUGUCCUCAGUUGUUUGUGGCAGGAGAGACACUGCCUGUGGUGGCCCAUGCCUUUCCUCCUGCCCUCUGUCCUUUCCCUGCCGGUGGACAGUCGCUCACAUAUUCAUCCCUUGCCAAAUAAGGGUCCCCCCCCUGCUGGAGACUACAGGUGGGGGUGCAGGCAGGCCUGGGACCUAGGGAAGCAGACUUAGGGGCCCUGCCUCCUGCAGGGGAAACCUAAGUCCCAGGUCUGAGAACUUCGCUCAAUAAAACUGGCUUUCCCCUUC